AAACACCGGGUGGGUAGCAACGUUCGCGAAAACGUGCCACGGAGAAACACAUUCAAGUUGUCUCUUCUUCGUAGAUGCGGCAUAACCGCCGCCUCUUCGAAUCCUCUAGAGGGCAAACAGGGAAGCGUCCGAUACUUCAAUUCCUGUUUUAUGGCCCCCAUACCCCUAGCGCCGCGACCACCGGACAGUCACGGCCCAUCAUAGCCUCGUGAAUCGAUUCAUCUCGUUCCUUCUUCUCUACCCUACAACAGCCCAUCUUCUAGCGGAUUGUCCCUUCUUCGACGCCAACCGGCUCGUGGCCAUCCCGUCCUGAGGAGGGAAGUGCCCAAGAAAAAAAAAGAAAAAGACAAUAACACUGACCCAGCACAAUCGUGGCGUGUGAACAUGUAUGGACCUUCACCUGCCACUGUUGGUGACAUGGUAUUCCCUGAGCGUGCAUUGGAGCACAUGUCUGUGGAGAAAGCAUGGAGUUUGCUCGACACGCUUUCUUCACAGGUUGUGGACAAGCAAACGGAGCUGCAGCUCAUGGUGGGCUCCCGGUACCACGAGCUGAUCGAGUCUGCGGACAGCAUCGUAUCCAUGAAGGAGACAGGGGCGGAGGUGCUGGGCCUCCUGCGGAAAUUCCCCCAAGCAUGUUCCAAGGUUCUUCAGCAGGUCCCUUCGUCGCUAUCUCCAGGGACCAGUGAUCUCAGCUGCACCGACGUUUGUGAAGACGCGGUCGCGAGACAUGCAAUGGAGGUGGUUCAGCUCAUGCUCCAUGCGCCAGCCGCUAUGUGGGCUGCUUUGGACUCGGACAAGGUACUUGAGGCAGCCAAUCUUGUUCUCAGAUGCCGACGUAGCUGGACCGACUUGUCCAGCACCUUCUCCACGGGAGUGGACUCCGGUGUCGCUUCCUUCUUACGUGGCCAUGUGACUUACGUCGAGCAGUUUCCUCGUCGCAUCCUGUCGGCUGGGACUCGCCUUUUGACGCGUUCUUGCAACACACAAGAGACCGCUGGAGCGCUCACGGCAAUACUUCAGCUGCAGGCGCUCGAGGAUGCCAACCCCCUGCGGUGCUUGUUGGAGCUCCUUCUUCGGCGCAGAGGUGGAGCUGUGGCGGCGAUGCUUACGCGGGCUACGAAGGAAGAGAAUUCCGCUGACAUAGAACAAGUAUUGCACGCCGCUGUCACCACCGUGCAAAGGACGAUUGUGGAUGUGCACGCCAUCUUUGCGCCAGGGCGAAACGGAAGCUGCAUGCUCGAGGAUCUCGCCCACCCCUCAUGCCGCAGUCAAGCAAACCUGAGGCCGUCAGCGCAUGAUGCACAGGACAUGUGCACGACCUGGUUGUCUGUGCUAACUCCGAAAAUUCGUGCUUUUAGCGAGCGUCUGCUCAGGGCGACCGGUGAUACCAACUCUCUGGCGCGCAUCCGCGGCUCUCUGUGGAAGGCAACCCAUGGAGACGGAGCGUGGGCCACACCAGCAGCAGGAAAGGGUGCGGGGGGUAGCGUAAGAGCAGUGGAGGGGCCGAUGUGGAUGGAAGCCACCUCAUUCGCAAUCGAUGUAUCUGCUUUGGAUGGUGAUACGAACGGCAGUACGCGCGCUUGGGGGCAGGACGUAUCUUCCCCUCAGCUAGAUUUGUGGUCCCUGCUCUUCAGCCAGAUUUUUGCCGACCUGGCAGAGGCCCUGCUGAAGGACUCGCUAGCUAGCAUCCGGAGAGAUGUGGAGUGUCGCCUUGACUCGAUACUGCUUGCCAUCACACGGAACGAGACGGGGCAGGGGGUGCAAGAAGCAAGUAGUUCCUCCGGAAGCCACGGGCAGAAGCAACCCCAUGCGCUCAUGGCACACGAUAUUCUCGCAGCCGCCGACGCAGUAGUGUCACUACUGACAUCGGAGAUCCGCAAUCUUGCGGGAGAUGCAACGUGUUUAACAGAGCGCGGUGAUCAAACUGCGGCAGAUGCGCUGAAAACUUCUUUUUAUCUCCUAAGCGUGGACAUGGCGGCGGGCCUCGCCAAUCACCUUCGCAUUGCGCUGCAGGAGAUUCAUGCCUGCAUCAAGUCCGCUGCGGAGCAGGAACGACGAUGUGUGCCAUACGGAGGGGGAAUUGGGGAUCUUGAGAAUGCUGUUAGCAGCUUUGCUGAUGCAGGGCUCUUGAUCGGCCGAGUAGCAUGGAUGUUGAAUGGCCGAAGCGGGGGACCUCUGCAGUAUGCCCUCACACCCCCGGCAUGCUUUGCCAAACGGCGACGUGGGCGCAUCGAGGAGCAGCAGCUAGAAGCAGCGUUUGUCAUAGCGGACACGAAUGGCGACGGUGUUGUUGAUACCGAGGAAGCGGCUGAGGCGCUUCAAGCUGUAUCCUUCGGGGCAUCAGCGGCACUUGCUGUCGACCCUAGCCGGUACGCAUCGUUCACCCUGAACGAGUUCUUCCUGUUUGCCACCCGGCUCCUCGAAGAACAACGGCCGCGUCAGCACUUGACCAGUUGUCUUGAAACUAUUUUGUCGGAGUCCCUGGCAGUGUGGUCAGAAUGGGCUUUGGAAAAAUCUGCUGCUCUCCUUACUGAGGGAUGCCAUGCGCUGGCGAUUUUGUGUUCCAACCCUGGGAUGACCAAUGACUUGUGGCGGCAGGCCCAUGGCGUAUGGGAGGACAAGACGAUUGAGCUUGAUCGUGACGACGGAGAUGGCAUCCAAGAGACCGUGCACUUUCCCAUCAUGGUUUCUCCGGCUAUUCUGUGCUACAUCGAAGGCGUAGCCGCUGAACUGAGCCGGAUAUUGAGUACAGCCGACCUCACCGAACGUGCCAUGCCUGCGAGUUGCAGCGGAUGCAAGACACGGGAUGCGCAGUCGCCUGGAGACGCGGAACGGUCCUUGGGUUUGUCGGCACCGGAUGCGGCCACUGGCCAGGGGGCGGCACGCUGUGCGAGAUCUCUAGCUGCUGUCCGAGCGUCAAGCGAUUUGAGCCAUGCACUGGUUGGACUUUGCGAGGGUCCACAAUCGGCAGCGGCACAAGCGUGCGAGGCGGCACAACUUCAGCUACUUUUGGAUGCUCUCUUCUUGCAGAAGUGGGUUUCAGAUUCUCCAAAAUCAUCUCCGUCGAUGGAGUCGGUUGUUUCAACUCUGUGUGAUCUGGUAGAUCCGAUCAACUUGCAGAUUUACAUGCCGCACCUUCAGACGGCGGCAUCAGCGUGCUGGGCGGCGUGUCACACGCCUCUCUCUUUGAUUUUCGAACAAACAACCCCUUCUAGUAUUGCGCCAUCCAGAGCUUCAGUAUCACCGGACGGGGCACUAGGUUCGUCGUCUAGCUUUAUUCCCUUGGCUCCGAAAGCGCGUCGGUUUGAAAUUCUCCCGCUCUCUCUAGACGUGGUGCGACUACAGCAUCCGAACGGCUCAUCCCGAAGUAGAAAUUCGGUAGGGAUGAAGUCUGACGCACCAGCAAGCGGCGACGGGUCAGGCGCCUCCGCUCAGGCUCGUGGUUUAGAAGCUGGAAGGCAAGCUCUGGCCGGGCUAGGUAGCGUGUUGAGUGCACAAAAUGCGCAUGUUCAGAGCGUUUUCGGGGCGGCAUCGCUGUUUCUAGGUGGGAGAAAUCGUAGGGUUGAAGACGGAGAUGGGCAUAGUGAAAAGGCUUGACUAAAAUUGGUAGUGUGAAGUUGCUUUUCUGCACUUGCUCAGGGGGUCACCUCAUCCCGAAGUAGAAGUUCGGUAGGGAUGAAGUCUGGCGUACCAGCAAGCGGAGGCGUCUGGCCCGUUGUUGAGAAGCUGGAAGGCAAGCUCUGGCCGAGCUACGUCGCAUGCUGGGUGCACAAAGUGCAUAUUAGGGGGCGUUUUCAGAGCGGCGUCGCUGUUUUCAGGUGGAAGGAAUCGUAGGGGUGAUGACAGAGAUGGGCAUUAUUGAGCAAAUAAAAUAGGCUAAUAGUGCGAAUUUUCUGGCCAGCACGUGCUUGAAUGGUCCAAAUACUUCCAUACUGUGAAUACACCGUGUGAAGAGCGAUGUGUUUUGAUUACUCGUCACCCAAGGUUAAUGCUGCUUGGCUGUG